AUGGGGAAGAGCAUUAGUGAAGUGGGAGUAGAAGACCUGGUAAGAGCAGGUCUAUCAGUUGAGGAGGCAAAUGGGUUCCUAAUUGAGAUCAAAGAUUCAAGCUUUAAAGCUAUGAGAAGCAGCACUUUGGAUUCAAAAGCAUUGUGGAGGGAUUUGACAGCGCAGAAGAAGGCGUUGAAACCAUGGCACCCACAUUCACUUCAUCAGCUUAUAUACUACUCUGUGUAUCAUGACUACGACCAAUCCUCUUUUGGGCCUCCCAUUUACUGGUUUCCUUCUCUACAUACACCAGUCAAAGCACACAACUUGGGACGCCUAAUGGAAACUCAUGGCCGAAAGCUUCUUGGAGAAGUAUAUAAGGAUCCAAUAGCCAGUUUCAAACAAUUCCACAAAUUCUCAGUUCAGCAUCCACAGGCAUGUGCUUAUUUGGAUGCUUACUGGUCAAUUGUUCUGGAUCAGCUAUCAAUUCAAUUUCUUAAAUCUCCAAAAUGCAUUCUUGAAACUUCUGACAAAUCACAACGUGGUGGAGCAUGGUUUCCUGGUUCGGUGUUGAAUAUCGCCGAGUGUUGCUUGCUGUCAACUAGUUGGCCCAAGAAACAAGACAACAGUUUAGCCAUAAUAUGGAGAGAUGAAGGGAGUGAUGAUCUGGAUGUCAAUCGGAUGACAUUAAAGGAGCUUUGGGAACAAGUAAUGUUAGUUGCAAAUGCACUGGACGCAAAUUUCUCCAAAGGAGAUGCAAUUGCUAUAGAUAUGCCAAUGAAAGCCACUGCAGUCAUCAUUUAUCUGGCCAUUGUACUUGCAGGAUUAGUUGUUGUUUCAAUUGCUGACAGCUUUGCAGCAAAGGAGAUAGCAACCCGAUUGCGCGUAUCUGAAGCAAAGGCUAUCUUUACUCAGGAUUUCAUAGUAAGAGGAGGUCAAAGGAUUCCCCUAUACAGUCGAGUUGUGAAAGCCGCACCUAACAAAACUAUUGUACUUCCUUGUAUUGGGAAGGAUUUAGCAGUCAAGCUUCGAAACCAGGACAUAUCGUGGAAGGAUUUCCUCUCUUCAUAUUUACCGGUUUAUCAACCGAUAGAGUCUAUCACUGAUAUUUUAUUUUCAUCAGGAACUACAGGUGAUCCAAAAGCCAUACCUUGGACACAGCAUGCUCCCAUUCGAUGUGCUGCUGAUACAUGGGCACAUCUCGAUGUCCAAGUGGGAGAUGUUUUCUGCUGGCCAACGAAUUUAGGAUGGGUGAUGGGGAAAGUUUUGCUCUAUUCAUGCUUUCUAUCUGGUGCGACCCUUGCUCUCUACCACGUAUCUCCUCUUGGCCGCAACUUUGGGAAAUUUGUUCAGGAUGCAGGAGUGACUGUAUUGGGCACAGUUCCAAGCUUAGUUAAGACCUGGAGGAGUACAAAAUGUAUGGAUGGCCCUAACUGGACAAAAAUAAGGCAAGUCACAAAAAAUUUUCAGCUAUACUUGAUGAUGAUCCACUUUUUUGCUUAUAUGAUGAUGAUGUGUAAAUUGCUUAUAUGUAUAAGCUUUGCUAGGACUUUUGCAACCUCGGGGGAAGCCUCCAACGUAGAUGAUGAUCUUUGGCUUUCUUCAAAGGCAUACUACAAGCCUAUUGUUGAGCUCUGUGGAGGCACAGAGCUCGCAUCAGCUUACAUCCAAGGAAACCUUUUACAACCACAAGCCUUUGCAGCAUGUAGCUCCGCCUCAAAUGUCCACUGGCUUUGGAGACAUGGCGACAUCCUUAAAAGAACUGUUGGUGGUUUUUUCAUCAUUCAAGGCAGGGCUGAUGAUACCAUGAAUUUAGGCAGCAUAAAGGCAAGUUCAUUUGAAAUUGAACGUGUAUGUAAUCGGGUUGAUGAUGGUAUCUUGGAAACGGCUGCGGUUAGCUCUCCACCACCAGAUGGCGGCCCCGAGCGCUUAGCUAUAUUUAUAGUGCUAAAGGAAGGAAUCAACUCCACACCAGAGGAGCUGAGGAUGAAAUUGUCAAGAGCAAUUCAGACCAACCUCAACCCUCUCUUUAAGGUAAGCUUUGUGAAGACUGAAGAUUGUUCCGGAGUUUCCUCGAACAGCGUGGAACAAGCUGCUGAGAAGAGUUUUAAGGGAUCAGUUCAAGAAGGAGCUCAACUUGCAGAGUAA